UCUCUCUCCCUCUCUCCCUCGCUCUUCUUGACUCCUGCGUUGCUCCCUUGCCGUCACCAUGAAUUGUCCUCGCCAUCGCCCUCGCUCCGGCACAAUCAACCUCAAAUCGCAGCCACUCCACCCAAGACGAGCGUCCGCGUAAUCGCCCGCCCGCCACCGCGCUGAUUGGCCGCCGGCACGUUUCAACUCCAGCAUCAACAAUCAUUACUCUUUCCGUUGGUCUUUGGCCCUAUGGACACUUCAGCUCUUUUGGUUGCUCUGGCAUAGACGGCGUCUCCUUUUUUAAUUUGCCGGUCUUCGAUCUCGCAGUUCACCUUCCUCCUCACCUUCUCCCUCCCUCCAUGCCCUCCCUGGUUUAAUCCCACACCAUGCCUCCUGCCCUCUUCCGGGACAACAACCAGGGCUCGUCCUCUCAGCGCUACGCCCCCGUUCAGGAUGGUCGCUACUCCGACGAUGACGAUUCGCUUCCUCUCUCCGACCCGUCCGACGCCGAGGACAACUCUGACGUGAAAUUGCGUCGCCUCGACCGCUCGACCCAUUCCUCCCGCUCCGGCAAAGAUGCGACCGCCUACGCCGCGCGCAAUUCCACAGACGUCGAAGCCUACCUAGGUUCGAUUACCGAGGCGGAACAGGAAUUGCUAUCCGCCAGCCGGCAGUAUGAGCUUAGUGAUGGCGAGGACACGGACGGGUACGGCCACCCGUUGAAUAAGGGGCGGUUCCUGCAUGGUCGGCGGCGCAGUCGCCAGCAGGGUUGGCGCGCGGUCUACUACUCCAAGUUUUGGUGGCGGACGCUGGUCGGCGUCAUCAUUGCGCUGGCGUUGCUGGUGUGGGGCUUCCUGAGCUUUGCCUGGUCCAAGGGAGAGGACAGGCCAGAUUAUUCGUAUUUCCCGUCGGAAUCUUAUUUCCCGACGCCGCGAGGUGGCGUCUACGAAGAAUGGGCAGAGGAUUACCGGAAAGCUCAGCUGCUGGUAGAGAGGAUGACCCUGGUGGAGAAAAUCAACAUUACGACGGGGACGGGCUGGAAGAUGGGCCUCUGCGUGGGAAACACAGGUGCGGCGCACGGUGUCAAAUUCCCUUCGCUCUGUCUACAAGACGGCCCUAUGGGAAUCCGAUACUCCGACCACGUCUCCGCCUUUCCGGCUGGUUUGACCACCGGAGCCACCUGGAACCGAGAUUUGAUGCAUAAGAGAGGUGUGGCUUUGGGCCAGGAGGCGCGAGGCAAGGGUAUCAAUGUUCUUCUUGGUCCGUCCAUGGGCCCGCUGGGCAUGAUGCCUGCCGGUGGUCGGAAUUGGGAGUCUUUCGGCUCGGAUCCCGUGCUGCAGGGCGUGGCCGCCGCGGAGACCAUCCGUGGCAUACAGAGCAACGGCGUCAUGGCGACCGCCAAGCACUACGUGAUGAACGAGCAGGAACAUUUCCGCCAGCCCCACGAAUGGGGCGUCCCGCACGCCUUGUCGUCCAACAUCGGAGAUCGUGCCCUGCAUGAAGUGUUCGUGUGGCCCUUCGCGGAGAGUAUCCGUGCCGACGUGGCCAGUGUCAUGUGUGCGUACCAGAUGGUGAACAACAGCCACUCGUGUGAGAACAGCAAGCUGUUGAACGGCAUCCUCAAGGACGAAUUAGGCUUCCAGGGCUUCGUUCAGUCCGACUGGCUGGCCCAGCGCUCGGGCAUCAACAGUGCCCUCGGAGGCUUGGAUAUGAGCAUGCCCGGAGACGGAUUGCACUGGGAGGAUGGCAAAUCUCUCUGGGGCAGCGAGCUGACCCGAGCGGUGCUCAACAUCUCGAUUCCGAUGGAGCGUCUGAACGACAUGGUUACGCGCAUCGUGGCCGCAUGGUAUCAUCUGGGCCAGGACACAUGGCCCUUACCGCGCCCGGACGGUGACGGAGGCCCCAAUUUCUCUUCCUGGACGGACGACGAAGUGGGCUGGCUGCAGCAGAACAACGCGCGGGAUUACGAUUUCGUCAAUCGCUAUGUGGAUGUCCAGGGCGAGGGCGAGGACGCGCACAUGAUUCUCAUCCGCAAGAUCGGCGCCGAGGGAACGGUGCUCGUGAAGAACCAAGACAACACCCUGCCGCUCUCGCGCAGCCCCGUCGAGGGGUACAAGGUCGGAAUCUUUGGCGACGAUGCCGGGCCGGCCAUGGGACCCAACGUGUGUGAGGAUCGUGCCUGCAGCUCGGGGACCCUGGCCACGGGCUGGGGCAGCGGUACCGUUGAAUUCCCCUACCUGGUAGCUCCCCAGCAGGCCAUCGAGGACGCCUGGGAUCACCACGUGGAGACCACCUCGUACCUGCGGAAUGCCGUGAUGCCGGCGGAUGCAGCUGACAAGGACCUGUGCCUGGUGUUUGCCAACGCCAACUCCGGCGAGGGCUACAAGUCUUAUGGUGGCAUUCACGGCGACCGGCCGAACCUGUUCCUGCAGCGCGGCGGGGACACGCUCAUCCAGACGGUCGCCAAUAACUGCGGCAAUGGCAACGGCCGCACGGUCGUCGUCAUCCACGCCGUGGGCCCCGUGGUGGUGGAGCCGUGGAUUGACUUGCCGGGUGUGCACGCCGUGCUCUUCGCCCACCUGCCCGGACAGGAGAGCGGUAGUGCGCUGAUCGAUGUCAUGUUCGGCGAUCUCGACGCCAGCGGUCGACUUCCUUACACGGUUGGCAAGAGCCUGGAGGAUUACGGGCCCGGCGCGCAGGUGCUGUACGAGCCGAACGGCGUCGUCCCGCAGGUGAACUUUUCCGAUUCGCUCUACAUCGACCAUCGGCAUUUCGACCGCUACAACAUCACACCGCGGUUCGAGUUCGGGUUUGGUCUGUCGUACACGAGCUUCGAGAUGUCCGACCUGAACAUCAACGUUCUGCAGCCCAAGUCGUCUCUUCCGUCUGCCUCGUCCGUCGCCCUGCUUCCUCCUCCCGAAUACAACACCACCAUCCCCUCCAACGAGAGCUUCUACUUCCCUGACAACAUUGUCCCCCUCGCCCGAUUCAUCUACCCCUACCUCCCCGACCUUGACGGCACCCUCCCGAAGAACUACACCCACUACCCCGACGGCUACGGGCUCCCGUAUCCCCCCUCCCCGGCCGGCGGCGGUCUCGGCGGCAAUCCGUCCCUGUACGACGAAAUCGCCAAGGUCCAAGUCCGGGUGAAAAACACGGGCAAGCGUCCCGGUCAAACCGUCAUCCAAGUCUACGUCGGCUAUCCCGACGACGUCAUCGAAGAAGGCGACCUGGUUCCUGUCCAGGGAGAGGAGCCCUCUGACCCCAACGCAUCCGAAGACCCCAACCAAGAGCCGGCCCAGCAGCGCGACGAGAUCCAAAUGGAACUGCAGCAGGAGCACAUCGACUUCCCCGACCGCGUGCUCCGCAAUUUCACGAAGAUCGAGCUGCAGCCCGGCGAGGUCCGUCCGGUUGAGUUGACCCUUACCCGCAAGGAUCUGAGCUAUUGGAGCUCGAGACAGCAGAAUUGGGUGAUGCCGGAGGGGGAGCACGAGGUGUUGGUGGGAUUCAGUUCGAGGAAUUUCCCGGUGGGCGGGAAGUUUUAAUUGAGAUUGGUUGCGGUUGUAUGUAUGUUUGUAUAUAGAUAGAUUGAUUGGUAUGGAUGAACUUAAUUUGAUGGACAUGCUAUGUUGGUUGUAAUAUAAGAUGGUUAUUGGGACGUAUCUUCGGUUUCAGGGUCCACUCUGG